AUGGUUAAACAAGUCCCAAUGCAAGGUUUAGGUUACGGAACCUUAUCAUUAUCUAUCAACAGAAGAAGUCCAGAAAUUAAGAGCGAAGUUGAACUCAUGAAAUAUGCCUAUGAUAAAGGUGUUAGAGUAUUCAAUGGAGCUAAUUUCUAUUCAAUGGGUGGACUUUCCAAUUUUGAUUUCUUUGUUGAAUUCUGUAAAGCUUACCCUGAAGCUGCUAAAGAAAUCGUUGUUACUUAUAAAGGAAAUUUCGAUUUCACUGUUAUGCAACCAGUUGGUACUAAAGAAGCUUGUGAGCUCGUUGUUAAUGAAGUGCAAGAAGCUUUAAAAUCAUUAACUGUUAAACCAAAAGUUGUUGUUGUCAUCGGUAGAGUUGAUCCUAACAUUCCAAUUGAAGAAACUGUUGGUUAUUACCUUCCAUACAUUGAAUCAGGUGUUAUUGAUGGUUAUGGUAUUAGUGAAUGUGGUGUUUCAACUAUUGAAAAAGCUUCCAAAGUGGCACCUAUUUCAUGUAUUGAAGUUGAAUUUUCAAUGACUUAUCAACAUAUUAUCAAAUUAGGUAUCUUAAAGGCCGCUUCAGAUAGAAAUGUUGCUAUUUUAGCCUAUUCUCCAUUAUCUCGUGGUUUAUUGACUGAUUUUGCUGCUGGUCAAGAUGAUUUCUUAGGUGCUCUUCCAGAUACUGAUAUGAGAAAAAUUAUGGGUAUGGAUAGAUUCCAACGUGAACAUUUUGAUAAAAAUAUCGGUUUUAUCAAGGAAUUAUAUCAAUAUGCUAAAUCUAAAAACACUACUUUAGAAAGUUUAGCUAUCACUUACCUUUUAGAAUUAUCAGGAUUAGAAAAUUUCGAAGGUAUUGAUAAAGUUUCCAACGUUAUUCCAAUCCCAAGUGCUACUAAAACUUCAAGAAUUGAUUCUAACUUACCAGGGAAAUUAAGUAAAGAAGACCUUUUUGAACUCCAAAAGAAAUUGAAUUCUUUUGAAGCUAGUGGUGGUAGAUAUACUCCACAAAUGGAAGGUCAAUUGAAUCUUUAG